AUGACCGGCCUGCUGUAUGACGUGGACGGGCUGGACGACGAGAUGCAGGAGCUGAUCCGCGAGCUCUUCCGACCGCUGGCACCCGAGGAGACGCCGCCGAUGGUCGUUGAGUGGUGCGGUGUCAGCAACGACCCAGACGUCUAUGCGUUCCAGCUGCGUGAAGUGGUGCCGCGUACUAUUCGCAUCGGUUCGCCCAGCAGCCGAAUCCCGCGGCCGAGUUGCAACUGCACCGGUUCAGCUGCCCAACCGUGUCGCCAUCUCAUCUGGCUGAUGGACCAGAUCGCCCGACAGAUGGUCCACGACCACAACCAGCCGCUUGUGCUCGAUGCUCACGGCUUCCCGCGUGUCCUCGCUGGCUCCCGUGCCCAUCGCCGCAUCGCUGACUUCCACAUCGACGUCCUCGCCCGCACCCUUCACUGCAGCCCCGGCUCGCCCAUCCGUCGUCGACCCGAUGUCCACCGUGUCCGAGAGGCCCGUGAAAUCCUGGCUGGUCUUGCUGGCGUGCGUGACGACGUCGGCGUCGAUGCCUUUGCCCCGGAUCUCUUCGAUGUCGCCCCGGAGAAGCUGCGACAGAUGCUGUGGGGACCAAGAAACGAAAAGAGGAACAGGACGAGCAGUCAGAUAGAAAUGGAGAAUGACGACAGCUCUUCCAGCUCUUCCAGCUCUUCCUCUUCCAGUUCAUCCAACUCUUCCUCCUCUCGCUCCCAGCCACUCCUUCGCCUCGUCGACCUUCAACGCACAGUCUUGCGGCUUCUGCUGUCCAACGACGAGUUUUUCGGUUUGUUUCUCAAGCUGCUCUCGCCCUCCGACAAGGCUCGCGACCCCUUUCGCAAGAUCCAGCAACGUGUCGAGCAUGUUCUCGAAAUUCUGUCGACUCCAGCCCCAGCCCUGGCCCUGGCCUCGGAGCAGGUCACCGUGGCCUGGGCAGCUCGACAAGUCCGGAAUGCCGUCGAGCAGAUCCGCAUCUUGUUGGAACAGCCGCAACACCGCCAUCACCGCCUUCACCGCGCCAGUGCCUGUCGUGCCCUCGUCUGGAUCUUCAACACUCUCGUCCUCCAUCACAACCGAGACGUCCACGCCGGUCUGACUCAGGACGACCGAAACUUGUACCAACGGCUGAUUGGAAACGCCGGCGACGAUCUGUCUGUCUCCGAGGCUGCCUCCGGGACCGAGGCUGCCUUCUUCCUCCUCGACGAGCUGCAGCUGCUCUGUGACCAGGUCCAGUUCCGCACCCAGCUCGAGCGCAUCCGUCGCCGCAUCCAGAUCAAUGGCUAUCGCCAGCCAUACAUGCGCCGCUUCGAGGCCAUCCUCCUGCAGAUGCGUGCCAUCCGGGCCGAGGAUGACUCCGAGGAAGAGCAAAUGGAUGACGAUGACGAUGACGAUGACGACGACGACAACAGCCACAACAGCUCGCCACCACUCCUGCAGACCCUCCAUGCCCCGUCAUCGCCCGCGGCCGGAUCCAAGCGCCAUAGAUCCGCCGUCUUGACCUCGUCAGAUCGCGGCGAGAAGCGUGUCCGAGAAGCGGGGUGCUGUCGAUGA